AGGAGGAGGCAGGGGGUGGAGAGAAAGAAAGCGCACGCCGAGAGGAGGUGUGGGUGUUUCUCUCCCAUCCUAACGGAACGAGCUCCCUCUUCGCGGACAUGGGAUUGCCCAGCGGCUGCUAACCCCUCUCCUGGUCCUGCUCCCCUAAACCGGCGUGGCUCCCCGGUCACCAAGGAGCUGACUGAAAGGGAGCACGAUUCGCAUCCUUGGCUGGGCGUGCUUUGGCUACAGAGUGCCUGACCUGGGUCAGGAUUUUCAACAAAGACAUGUCUGACAAAAUGUCUAGUUUCCUACAUAUUGGAGACAUUUGUUCUCUGUAUGCGGAGGGAUCUACGAAUGGAUUUAUCAGCACCUUGGGCCUGGUGGAUGAUCGUUGUGUUGUGCAGCCAGAAGCUGGGGACCUUAACAAUCCACCCAAGAAAUUCAGAGACUGCCUCUUCAAGCUAUGUCCUAUGAAUCGAUACUCUGCACAGAAACAGUUCUGGAAAGCUGCUAAGCCUGGGGCCAACAGCACAACAGACGCGGUGCUGCUCAACAAAUUGCAUCAUGCUGCAGACUUGGAAAAGAAGCAGAAUGAGACAGAAAACAGGAAAUUGCUGGGGACCGUGAUCCAGUAUGGCAAUGUGAUCCAGCUCCUGCAUCUGAAAAGCAAUAAAUACCUGACUGUGAAUAAGAGGCUUCCAGCCCUGCUAGAGAAGAAUGCCAUGAGAGUGACACUGGAUGAGGCUGGAAAUGAAGGGUCCUGGUUUUACAUUCAACCAUUCUACAAGCUGCGCUCCAUCGGAGACAGUGUGGUCAUAGGUGACAAGGUAGUCUUGAACCCCGUCAAUGCUGGCCAGCCUCUACAUGCCAGCAGCCAUCAAUUGGUGGAUAACCCAGGCUGCAACGAGGUCAACUCCGUCAACUGCAACACAAGCUGGAAAAUAGUCCUUUUCAUGAAAUGGAGCGAUAACAAAGAUGACAUCUUAAAGGGAGGAGAUGUGGUGAGGCUCUUCCAUGCUGAGCAAGAGAAGUUUCUCACAUGUGAUGAGCACAGGAAGAAGCAGCAUGUCUUCCUGAGGACAACCGGCCGGCAGUCAGCCACAUCGGCCACCAGUUCCAAAGCCCUGUGGGAGGUGGAGGUAGUCCAGCAUGACCCAUGUCGGGGUGGAGCUGGGUACUGGAACAGCCUCUUCAGGUUUAAGCACCUGGCUACAGGGCACUACUUGGCGGCAGAGGUAGACCCUGACUUUGAGGAAGAAUGCCUGGAGUUUCAGCCCUCAGUGGACCCUGAUCAGGACGCAUCUAGGAGUAGGUUGAGAAAUGCACAAGAAAAAAUGGUAUACUCUCUGGUCUCCGUGCCUGAAGGCAAUGACAUCUCCUCCAUCUUUGAACUAGACCCCACUACUCUUCGUGGAGGUGACAGCCUUGUCCCAAGGAACUCCUAUGUUCGUCUCAGACAUCUGUGUACAAAUACCUGGGUUCACAGCACAAACAUUCCCAUUGACAAGGAGGAAGAAAAACCUGUGAUGCUGAAGAUUGGUACCUCUCCUCUGAAGGAGGACAAGGAGGCAUUCGCCAUAGUUCCUGUUUCUCCUGCUGAGGUUCGGGACCUGGACUUUGCCAAUGAUGCCAGCAAGGUUCUGGGCUCCAUUGCUGGGAAGUUGGAAAAGGGUACCAUCACCCAGAACGAAAGAAGGUCUGUCACCAAGCUGCUGGAAGACUUGGUCUACUUUGUCACGGGUGGAACGAACUCUGGCCAAGAUGUGCUGGAAGUAGUCUUCUCUAAGCCCAACAGAGAGCGGCAGAAGCUGAUGAGGGAACAGAAUAUUCUCAAACAGAUUUUCAAGUUGUUGCAGGCCCCUUUCACAGACUGUGGGGAUGGCCCGAUGCUUCGGCUGGAGGAGCUGGGGGACCAGCGCCAUGCGCCUUUCAGACACAUUUGCCGACUCUGCUACAGGGUCCUGAGACACUCACAGCAAGACUACAGGAAGAACCAGGAGUACAUAGCCAAGCAGUUUGGCUUCAUGCAGAAGCAGAUUGGCUAUGAUGUGCUGGCUGAAGACACCAUCACUGCCCUGCUCCACAAUAACCGAAAACUCCUGGAAAAGCACAUCACCGCGGCGGAGAUAGACACAUUCGUCAGCCUGGUUCGGAAGAACAGGGAGCCCAGGUUCUUGGAUUACCUUUCUGACCUCUGUGUGUCCAUGAACAAGUCGAUCCCUGUGACCCAGGAGCUCAUUUGUAAAGCUGUGCUGAAUCCCACCAAUGCUGACAUCCUGAUUGAGACCAAGUUGGUUCUUUCUCGUUUUGAGUUUGAAGGCGUUGCCACUGGAGAGAAUGCUCUGGAAGCUGGAGAGGAUGAGGAAGAGGUGUGGCUGUUCUGGAGGGACAGCAACAAAGAGAUACGUAGUAAGAGUGUCAGGGAAUUGGCACAAGAUGCUAAAGAGGGACAGAAGGAAGACCGUGAUAUCCUCAGCUACUACAGGUAUCAGCUUAACCUCUUUGCAAGGAUGUGUCUGGACCGCCAAUACCUGGCUAUCAAUGAAAUAUCUGGCCAGCUGGAUGUUGAUCUUAUUCUUCGCUGUAUGUCUGAUGAGAACCUACCGUAUGACCUCAGGGCAUCCUUUUGCCGCCUCAUGCUUCAUAUGCAUGUGGACCGUGAUCCUCAGGAGCAGGUGACCCCUGUGAAAUACGCCCGUCUGUGGUCAGAAAUUCCCUCCGAGAUCGCCAUUGAUGACUAUGACAGCAGCGGGGCUUCCAAAGAUGAAAUUAAGGAGAGGUUUGCUCAGACGAUGGAAUUUGUGGAGGAGUAUCUAAGAGAUGUGGUCUGUCAAAGAUUCCCCUUCUCUGAUAAGGAGAAAAAUAAGCUUACAUUUGAGGUUGUGAACCUAGCCAGGAAUCUCAUAUACUUUGGUUUCUACAAUUUUUCUGACCUUCUCCGAUUAACCAAGAUCCUCUUGGCAAUAUUAGACUGUGUCCAUGUGACCACCAUCUUUCCCAUCAGCAAGAUGGCCAAAGGAGAAGAGAAUAAAGGCAGUAACGUGAUGAGAUCAAUCCAUGGAGUUGGGGAGCUCAUGACCCAGGUGGUGCUUCGGGGAGGAGGCUUUUUGCCCAUGACUCCCAUGGCUGCUGCCCCUGAAGGAAACGUGAAGCAGGCAGAGCCAGAGAAGGAGGACAUCAUGGUCAUGGACACCAAGUUAAAGAUCAUUGAAAUCCUCCAGUUUAUUUUGAAUGUGAGGCUGGAUUAUAGGAUCUCCUGCCUCCUGUGUAUAUUUAAGCGGGAGUUUGAUGAAAGCAAUUCCCAGUCGUCGGAAACAUCCUCCGGAAACAGCAGCCAAGAAGGGCCAAGUAAUGUACCAGGUGCUCUUGACUUUGAGCACAUUGAAGAACAAGCAGAAGGCAUCUUUGGAGGAAGUGAAGAGAACACACCACUGGACUUGGAUGAUCAUGGAGGCAGGACCUUCCUCAGGGUCCUGCUCCACUUGACAAUGCAUGACUACCCACCUCUGGUGUCUGGGGCCCUGCAGCUCCUCUUUCGCCACUUCAGCCAGAGGCAGGAGGUCCUUCAGGCCUUCAAACAGGUUCAACUGCUGGUUACCAGCCAAGAUGUGGACAACUACAAACAGAUCAAGCAGGACUUGGACCAGUUGCGGUCUAUUGUGGAAAAAUCAGAGCUGUGGGUGUACAAAGGCCAGGGUCCUGAUGAGACCAUGGAUGGUGCCUCUGGUGAAAAUGAACAUAAAAAGACUGAGGAGGGGAGUAACAAGCCACAAAAGCAUGAAAGCACCAGCAGCUACAACUACAGAGUGGUGAAAGAGAUUUUGAUUCGACUUAGCAAGCUCUGUGUGCAAGAAAGCGCCUCAGUGAGGAAGAGCAGGAAGCAGCAGCAGCGGCUGCUAAGGAACAUGGGUGCCCAUGCCGUGGUGCUGGAGCUGCUGCAGAUCCCCUAUGAGAAGGCCGAAGACACCAAGAUGCAGGAGAUAAUGAGGCUGGCUCAUGAAUUCUUGCAGAAUUUCUGUGCAGGCAACCAGCAGAAUCAAGCUUUGCUGCAUAAACACAUAAACCUGUUUCUCAACCCAGGGAUCCUGGAGGCAGUGACCAUGCAACACAUCUUCAUGAACAACUUCCAGCUGUGCAGUGAGAUCAACGAGAGAGUGGUCCAGCACUUCGUUCACUGCAUAGAGACCCACGGCCGAAAUGUCCAGUACAUCAAGUUUCUCCAGACAAUUGUCAAGGCAGAAGGGAAAUUCAUUAAAAAGUGCCAAGACAUGGUCAUGGCUGAGCUUGUCAAUUCUGGAGAGGAUGUCCUCGUGUUCUACAAUGACAGAGCCUCUUUCCAGACUCUGAUCCAGAUGAUGCGGUCCGAGCGUGACCGGAUGGAUGAGAACAGCCCUCUCAUGUACCACAUCCAUCUGGUGGAACUCUUGGCCGUGUGCACAGAGGGCAAGAAUGUGUACACAGAGAUCAAGUGCAACUCCUUGCUCCCGCUUGAUGACAUCGUUCGUGUGGUCACUCAUGAAGACUGCAUCCCGGAGGUUAAAAUCGCUUACAUUAACUUCCUGAAUCACUGCUAUGUGGACACUGAGGUGGAAAUGAAGGAGAUUUACACAAGCAAUCACAUGUGGAAAUUGUUCGAGAAUUUCCUUGUGGACAUCUGCAGGGCGUGCAACAACACGAGUGACAGGAAGCACGCAGACUCGAUUCUGGAGAAGUACGUCACUGAAAUCGUGAUGAGCAUAGUCACCACCUUCUUCAGCUCUCCCUUCUCAGACCAGAGUACCACUCUGCAGACCCGCCAACCUGUGUUUGUGCAACUCCUGCAAGGUGUGUUCAGAGUUUACCACUGCAACUGGUUAAUGCCGAGCCAGAAGGCCUCCGUGGAGAGCUGUAUCCGGGUGCUCUCUGAUGUAGCCAAGAGUCGGGCCAUAGCCAUCCCUGUUGAUCUGGACAGUCAAGUCAACAACCUCUUCCUGAAGUCCCACAACAUUGUGCAGAAAACAGCCAUGAACUGGCGGUUAUCAGCCCGCAAUGCUGCUCGUCGAGACUCUGUUCUGGCAGCUUCCAGGGACUACCGAAAUAUCAUCGAGAGAUUACAGGACAUCGUGUCUGCCCUGGAAGACCGACUCAGGCCCCUGGUUCAGGCUGAGUUGUCUGUGCUUGUGGAUGUUCUACACAGACCAGAACUGCUUUUCCCUGAGAACACGGAUGCCAGGAGGAAAUGUGAAAGUGGUGGUUUCAUUUGCAAGUUAAUAAAGCAUACUAAGCAGCUGCUGGAGGAGAAUGAAGAGAAACUAUGCAUUAAAGUCUUACAGACCCUGAGGGAAAUGAUGACCAAAGAUAGAGGCUAUGGAGAAAAGCUACCACAGGCACCGGAAGCUGAGAACUCCACAGAGCAGGAGCUUGAACCAAGUCCACCCCUGAGGCAACUGGAAGACCAUAAAAGGGGUGAGGCACUCAGGCAAAUUUUGGUCAACCGUUACUAUGGAAACAUCAGACCUUCAGGAAGAAGAGAGAGCCUUACAAGCUUUGGCAAUGGCCCAUUAUCACCAGGAGGACCCAGCAAGCCUGGGGGAGGAGGGGGAGGUCCUGGAUCCAGCUCCACAAGCAGGGGUGAGAUGAGCCUGGCUGAGGUCCAGUGUCACCUCGACAAGGAGGGGGCCUCCAAUCUGGUCAUCGACCUCAUAAUGAACGCAUCCAGUGAUCGAGUGUUCCAUGAAAGCAUUCUCCUGGCUAUUGCACUUCUUGAAGGAGGCAACACCACCAUCCAGCAUUCCUUUUUCUGCCGGUUGACGGAAGAUAAGAAAUCAGAGAAGUUCUUCAAGGUCUUUUAUGACCGAAUGAAGGUGGCCCAGCAGGAAAUCAAGGCAACAGUGACUGUGAACACCAGCGACUUGGGAAACAAAAAGAAAGAUGAUGAAGCGGAUAGGGAUGCCCCAUCCCGGAAGAAAGCCAAAGAGCCCACAACACAGAUAACAGAAGAGGUCCGGGAUCAGCUCCUGGAAGCAUCUGCUGCCACAAGGAAAGCCUUCACCACCUUCCGGAGGGAGGCCGACCCUGAUGACCAUUACCAAUCUGGGGAGGGCACCCAGGCUACAACUGACAAAACCAAGGACGACCUAGAGAUGAGUGCAGUCAUCACCAUCAUGCAGCCCAUCCUGCGCUUCCUGCAGCUCCUGUGUGAAAACCACAACCGAGAUCUGCAGAAUUUCCUUCGUUGCCAAAAUAAUAAGACCAACUACAAUUUGGUGUGUGAGACACUGCAGUUUCUGGACUGUAUCUGUGGGAGCACAACUGGAGGCCUUGGGCUCCUCGGACUGUACAUAAAUGAGAAGAACGUAGCACUUAUCAACCAAACCCUGGAGAGUCUGACUGAAUACUGUCAAGGGCCUUGCCACGAGAACCAGAACUGCAUCGCCACCCACGAGUCCAAUGGCAUCGAUAUUAUCACAGCCCUCAUCCUCAAUGACAUCAACCCGCUGGGAAAGAAGAGAAUGGACCUCGUGUUAGAAUUGAAGAACAAUGCUUCGAAGCUACUCCUGGCCAUCAUGGAAAGCAGGCACGAUAGUGAAAAUGCAGAGAGGAUUCUGUACAACAUGAGGCCCAAGGAGCUGGUGGAGGUGAUCAAGAAAGCCUACAUGCAAGGUGAAGUAGAAUUUGAGGAUGGGGAAAAUGGUGAGGAUGGAGCUGCCUCCCCCAGGAACGUGGGCCACAACAUCUACAUCCUCGCUCACCAGUUGGCUCGGCAUAACAAGGAACUUCAAACCAUGCUGAAACCUGGAGGCCAAGUGGAUGGUGAUGAAGCUUUGGAGUUCUAUGCAAAGCACACAGCACAAAUAGAGAUUGUCAGACUGGACCGGACAAUGGAACAGAUUGUCUUCCCCGUGCCCAGCAUCUGUGAAUUCCUGACCAAAGAGUCAAAACUUCGAAUAUAUUAUACCACAGAGAGGGAUGAGCAAGGCAGCAAGAUUAAUGACUUCUUCCUGCGCUCUGAGGACCUCUUCAAUGAAAUGAACUGGCAGAAGAAACUUCGAGCCCAGCCUGUCUUGUACUGGUGUGCCCGAAACAUGUCUUUCUGGAGCAGCAUUUCCUUCAACCUGGCCGUCCUAAUGAACCUGCUGGUGGCAUUUUUCUACCCAUUUAAAGGAGUGCGUGGAGGAACAUUAGAGCCACACUGGUCAGGCCUCCUGUGGACAGCCAUGCUUAUCUCUCUGGCAAUUGUCAUCGCUCUGCCCAAGCCUCAUGGCAUCCGGGCCUUAAUUGCUUCCACAAUCCUACGGCUGAUAUUUUCAGUUGGGUUACAGCCCACACUGUUUCUGCUGGGAGCUUUCAAUGUCUGCAAUAAAAUCAUCUUUCUGAUGAGCUUUGUGGGCAACUGUGGGACGUUCACCAGAGGCUAUCGAGCCAUGGUUCUGGAUGUUGAGUUCCUCUAUCAUUUGCUGUAUCUGCUGAUCUGUGCCAUGGGCCUCUUCGUACAUGAGUUCUUCUAUAGUUUGCUGCUUUUUGAUUUAGUGUACAGAGAAGAGACUUUGCUUAAUGUCAUUAAAAGUGUCACCCGCAAUGGACGGUCCAUCAUCUUGACAGCGGUCCUGGCUCUGAUCCUGGUUUACCUCUUCUCAAUAGUGGGCUAUCUGUUCUUCAAGGAUGACUUUAUCUUGGAAGUAGACAGGUUGCCCAAUGAAACGGCUGUUCCAGAAACUGGCGAGAGUUUGGCAAAUGAUUUCCUGUACUCGGAUGUGUGUAGGGUGGAGACGGGGGAGAACUGUACCUCUCCUGCACCCAAAGAAGGUAGGACCGAAUGGCCACCAGCCCCAGAGCUGCUCCCUGUGGAAGAAACGGAACAGGAUAAGGAGCACACGUGUGAGACGCUGCUCAUGUGCAUUGUCACCGUUCUGAGUCACGGGCUGCGAAGUGGGGGUGGAGUAGGAGAUGUGCUCAGGAAGCCAUCCAAAGAGGAGCCUCUGUUUGCUGCAAGGGUAAUCUACGACCUGCUCUUCUUCUUCAUGGUCAUCAUCAUCGUCCUGAACCUGAUUUUUGGGGUCAUCAUUGACACCUUUGCUGACCUGAGGAGUGAGAAACAGAAGAAGGAGGAGAUCUUAAAGACCACAUGCUUCAUCUGUGGCUUAGAAAGAGACAAGUUUGACAACAAGACCGUCACCUUUGAAGAGCACAUCAAGGAAGAACACAACAUGUGGCACUAUCUGUGUUUCAUCGUGCUGGUGAAAGUGAAGGACUCCACUGAGUACACCGGUCCAGAGAGUUAUGUGGCAGAGAUGAUCAGGGAAAGAAACCUUGAUUGGUUCCCCAGGAUGAGAGCCAUGUCCCUGGUCAGCAGCGAUUCUGAAGGGGAACAGAACGAGCUGAGGAACCUGCAGGAGAAGCUAGAGUCCACAAUGAAACUGGUCACCAAUCUUUCUGGCCAGCUGUCGGAACUAAAGGACCAGAUGACAGAACAGAGGAAGCAGAAACAAAGAAUCGGCCUUCUAGGACAUCCUCCUCACAUGAAUGUCAACCCACAGCAGCCAGCCUAAGCAAAGGAGAUGGGGGGGACUAUACUCACCCUCUUUAAAUUAUUAUCAGCAUUGGGUAUGGCCCAUUAGUUCUCAUUCGCCCACUAAGGUUACAUGUGUGCUUAGUACAUUUGUAAAUACUCAGUUUUGUAUUGUAUGUAUAUGAUUGCUACUCUCAGAGGUUUGGACUUAUGUAUUGUAAUUAGCUCUGUUGGCAUGGUGACUUGUCACUAGUGCCAAAAAUAUUAAAAAUGCCUUUUUUGGAAGGACUACAGAAAGUACCUGAUUUGCACUUGAACCAGAUUAUAGAUUUAAAAGUAUAUGACAUGUAUUUUGUAUUUAAAACUAGAAUAGCCAGUAUUUAUGUUUUUUAUAAAACUGUGCAAUACAAAUUAUGCAAUCACCAUAACUUUGUAAUUCCUGAGUGUCCUACAGGGAGUGCGCGUCUUUGAAGCUGAUAUGUUAAUACUUAUGUAAUAAAUGGUUAAAUAUCAAAUGAUGCUGCUGCCAAAAUUAUAUUAAUAGCGAGUUUCUGGCCCCUGGGCAAUUUUGUACCUUAUAAUUAUCCUACGGUUAUGCUGUUUUUCAUUGCUAAUAGCAUUGGUGCCCUGUCUCCUAGUGAUAACUCCAGGUCUGUGAACUGUUCAAACAACAUUCAUUUUAAGAAAAGCAACUUUAGUUUUGAGAAUAAUUUUAAGCUUCAAAAUUAGUCAUUUAAGGUAUUUCUUUAAGAGAGCGAUGUUAGAGGAUAACACUUUAGCUUGGAAAGAAGUCAAUGAAUUUUUUAAAGGGAACUUUUUCCAUGACAUUUGGGAUACAGCAUAUUGCUGGCCAUUAAGUGUCAUCUCCAUGGUUAAUUUUGAUGUCACAUGAUAGUCAAAUGAGUUAGUGAUGGUUUCUAGAUUUUCUUCAUCGAAACAACAUGAUACUGUAGGUGAGAGGUUAUUACGAAUAUAUAUAUAUAUACAUCCACAUUAAGACAAAGUAGGAGCUAUGGCCUUAGGAUGCAUAGCUGCCCCCUUACGGGGCAUAGUUGAACACUGACAGUGCUGUUCUUCUGAAAGAACCACGUUUUGGUUUUAUUUCUAUGUCACGUGAUUUCUUUUCUGGAUGGGUGCAAAGUAUAACAGGAAAUGUUUUCUACCUGUUGCCUCGUUUUGUACCUGGGUCUCGUUUUGCUAGGCCAUCUCUACACAAAAGUUUAAAAACUGAACUGUAAGCAGAGUUCUGAAGCAAGUCAAGUUUGUAAAUGCAUACAUAAUUAUAUUUAAUAAAUGAUGCAGAAUACUACAUGG